AUGCCCGGCAGCGGCGGCCCCACGGCCCUGCAGCCCCACGGCCCCACAGCUCCGCGGCCCCGAAGCCCCACGGCCCCGCAGCCCCACGGCCCCACGGCCCUGCAGCCCCACGGCCCCACAGCUCCACGGCCCCGCAGCCCCACGGCCCCACGGCCCUGCAGCCCCACGGCCCCGCAGCCCCACGGCCCCGCAGCCCCACGGCCCCGCAGCCCCACGGCCCCACGGCCCCGCAGCCCCGCAGCCCCACGGCCCCACGGCCCCACGGCCCCGCAGCCCCACGGCCCCACGGCCCUGCAGCCCCACGGCCCCACGGCCCCGCAGCCCCACGGCCCCACGGCCCGCUCCCGCUGCCCUCGGCUGCGCCCAACGCCGCGUCUGUUUCCACUCUGA